AAUGUGUAGAAAAAGAACGGUUAAAAAAACAACACUCCAGAACUUUAAAAUCAAUUGAUAAUUUAAGUUUAUCAGCUCAAAGAGAUCGUGCAAAUAAAGUUGCUAGAUUGGAAUAUCAAACCUUUGAAAAGAAAUGUAAAACUCUUUAUCAUCCUAAUGAUAAUCCUAUUUUACGGUCUAUAGUUUAUGAACUUUCAAGUCAAACUUGGACUAUUAAUUAUAAUUCAAGAAGUCAAAUAAAUAAUGAGCAAAUUAAAGAAGUU